AUAAAUCUGAUUUUUUUUUCAAUAAUAGCUAUGCACAUACCGAUCGUCAUAAUCCUAGUAGAGGGGGGUUUGGAUGACAUCAAACAUGCUGCUGACGCUGUGCAUGAAAAGGUUCCUGUCAUUGUAAUCAAGGGUUCCGGAAAAGCCGCAGACAUCAUUCUGGACUAUUUCCAUGACGAAAGCAAUCUUCGGAGCCAGGCUGCACUUCUAUUUGGACUCAAGUUCAAUGACAUUCAUUUUAUGGAUUUACAGGAAAGCCUCGAUAAAUUGAAAAAAAGACGUUGGAUGGUUAGCCAUUUCGAUACAGAGCAUGAUGAUCCCUUGAUUUUACCGAAGCUUGUUGGCGAGGCGGUUGUAAGAGGGUGGGCCCUGGAAGAUGUACACAGUACAGAUGCAUUAAAAGAAAACCCUUCCUAUCCAGGCCCAGAAGCUAUGUAUAGCCUAAACCAGACAAACAAGGCAGAAAAAGUGACCAGACCCGUCAUUUCCUUAAGUAUUGAAGCUAACGGAAACAAGAAUAAGACCAUUGAAGAAUUACUUGAGUCUUUCCGUACAGAGGGAUACGUCGUAGAUUCUAAAUUAACCUCGCCACCCUCACUUCCGCUUUAUUUCUACGUUGGAUAUCAAGUGUUGCAGGAACAUAAUCUGCUGAAUGAAUGUGGUCGUAUGUUACUGCUUGAGGCUCUGAAAUUCAAUCGAACCGAUUAUGUGAAAGUUCUCAUGGAUCAUGGUGUAAUGGUCAGGAGGAAAGAUGUACAAACUCUUUACAAAACCACGAUACUUUGUACCAAGCAUUCCGAAGACAUCGAGAGCUGUGAUUGUUUAGGAAUGAUGUGGCUGAUGAAGUCAAUCAACAGAAAGAAAACCAAAAAAUGUUUCAAGAAAAAAAAGGCGAGGAAGGCAAUUAAGGCUCCGAAGACCAUUUGCAGAGAACUUCUCGAUUAUAAGAAAACGGAGGAGAAUAAGGAGGAUAAGAAAAAGAAGAAGAAAGAGAAGAAGAAGAAGAGGAAGGAGAAGAAGAAGAAGAAGAGGAAGGAGAAGAAAUCUCAAAUUAAACCAGAGACGAGCAGUGAGGACGAAGAUAGUGACGAAGAGGAUUAUGAACCAGCCGAACUGGAAGAUAUACUUCUGUGGGCUUUAUACGCCAAUAGACCAGAGAUUGCUGAAACAGUUUGGCUAAGAGGAGAACACCAACUCAUGACUGGUUUGGUUUGCUAUGAAGCAUUACGGAAAUUGUCGGAGGAAGCUAGUGACGUAAAGGAGCAAAAUUUUUCAAAAACAUUGCUGGAUCAUGCACAACUAUUUUACAAGAGAACCCUAGAGCUUCUUGACUCCAUGUAUGAAACUGAUUCCAAGAAAACGUUAGAGCUUCUGGACGACCCAGUCACUAUUUGGGGAAUAACAAGCAAUCCACUGACUUUUGCAUACGAAAAUUUUAUGUACGAGUUUAUUGCGAAGCCUGCCAGUCAGAAACAUCUGAACAAAACCUGGUACAAUGAUCAAGCACCACACUUUAUCCCUUGUAUAAAGUCCAUAUGCCAAAAACCCUGCAAUAUUGGCGAUGUCUUGCGUUCCCCAUUGGCAAAAUAUAUCUUUAACUAUGUUCUAUUUUUGACUAUGCUGGUCAGCUAUAGUGCCUUUGUUUCUACCAGUAUUAGUACUAGAUACUAUACAAGGGUCCUGGCAAGAGCGUUUGAGUAUUACGUGUACUUCUGGGGAUUUGGUGACCUGUUAGAAGAACUGUUCUCAUGUUUUGGAAUUUUCCACCAAAGUGGUAUAGUAGGAAAAUCAAAUCGUAGUAAACGGACGAUAAUUUGGAGAUAUUUAAACAAUUUCUGGAAUAUAGUGGAUCUUUUGUCUUAUGCACUCUUGAUUAUAGCUCUAUUUGUGCGACAUAUGCAUCCAUCUACAACAUUCACAGUUGCUCGUAGGAUGUUUUCCUUAUCGCUACUUAUUAUGUAUCUACGUUUUCUGGAAGCAUUUUUGAUGGUUAGGACGCUGGGGCCUACGCUAAUAAUGAUCAAGGAAAUGCUGAAGGACCUCUUUGCAUUCAUCAUCCUCCUCGCCGUGGUCAUCGUUGGUGUCGGUUUCUACUACCACGCCAACCUUUGGCCAGACCAUGUAUUCUUCUGGGCUGGAAGAUGGACAGACUGGAGGUUUUGGAAGGUCAUCUACUAUCCCUAUUGGCAGCUCUAUGGAGAAACAUUUAACGACUUCUUGCAAGGAAAUACAGGGCCCUGUGCAGAUGACUGUACAGCAAAUGAGACCAUAUGGUCGGACGCCUCAGAGGAAAGAUGUCCGCAGGAAGACUGGACUGUAGGAGCCGUGUCAGCUCUAUACAUGCUUUUCUCCAAUCUGUUGCUUGUUAACUUGGUUAUUGCUAUGUUCAGCUCUACAUACGAGAGAGUAACAGCUAAUGCUGAAAACCUUUGGCGAUUUGAACGUUACACCGUAAUUAUGAAUUACAAAUACCGAGUUCCUUCCCCUGUUAACCUGGUGUGGAACUUCGUGAGGAUAUACAGGGUCAUUGCAUGUUGUUCAUGCAACAAAGAUCGCUGUUGUUGUUGCUGCAGCGAAGAUAAGACCGAAAAAACGGACCCGGAAACGCUGAAAAAAUUCCAAAGAAUAAUGGCGCACAGAGUUUGUGAUAAACUGAAUUUGACGAAAUAGUUUCUUAAUUACUGUUUUGAAGUAGACUUCCUAUAAGAAAAAGAUUGCUGUGAUUGAAAACUGUGCUGGCAAAACAGAGUACUGUAUCGUAUGAUGUUUUAUUUGUUUUUGAGUGAUAACCUUGAUUCAACACUGUGUAUCAGUUUUUAUUUUCUCUCAAAUGUAUUUUAAGGAAUAGCGACAUUUCCUUUCUUUCAAAGAGGUGUUUUCAGAAGCUCCAGCUGCCUCAUUAAUUUAUAUUUAUUUCAUUAGUAUAAAGAAUAUUUUUUAUUUAUUACUUAAAGGUACUUGGACACAGAUUUGAAGUUAAUUUUAACUCUAUAAUAUGACGAAUUAUAUAUUUUAAUAGCAUUUCAUACAAAAAUUAAUUAAAAGUCUUACUUCAUUUCAAAGUUAUUAAAACUUCAGAUUUUUGGGUGGGUUUGAUUGACACGUCCCUGCACUUUCACAAGUUUUAAUUUUACACUUAAUACUUACGAAAAGUGGCAAUCUUUUUGUGUAUGAAUGAAAAAUAUUAAUACUAUAAUCCAGAAAAUUCAGAGUAGACAUGUUCGAAAGCAAAACAAACGCAAAUAUAUUCUCAGUCCGUGCAGUUGUGGUGAGCAGACUUUGACAAUUGAACGCACCCGGUGAAAUCAAAACAUCAACAAAAACGGAUCUCCUGCCUUGUUUACAAAAACUGUGUACAUAACACGAGUGUGAUCGAUUUGCACACAGGACUUAGCUCAGAAUGACGAUACUUGUGAAGGCGUUUUGCUUUCUAACAUUUCUACUCCGAAUAAAAUUAUUUUUCUGGAUUAAAGUUUUAAUAUUUCUCUUUAAAACACAACAAGAUUGCCUCUCUUCUGGAUGAUUAAGAAUAAAGUUAAAAUAUGUGAAAGUUCAAGGAUGUGUCAAUCAAGUUUUAAUAACUUUUAAAUGAAAUAAGAUUUUUAAUUAAUUUUUGUGUGAAAUGCUAAUAAAAUAUAUAAUUCGUCAUAUUAUACAGAAAAUAUUAACUUCAAAUCUAUGUCCAAGUACCUUUAAUGCCGUAUAUAUUUAUGUAUCAUUCUGAACAUAUCAUGUGCACACGUUUUAAGUAAAUAUGCAAAAACGCAUUUCAUGUGUAGAAGAAUUUUCAGUGGAAACAAAAAAAGAAAGUAUCAAAUGUCAAGAAGUAAAAAACCUUCUUUCAAAUUGUUAUGAUAUUUUUUUAGGAUACAGAGAAAUUGGAGAUUUUAGAAAAAUAUCCGGGACAAUUUGGUACCGUACUUCAAUGCAUACGUGUCAGUUUCCUUAAAAUGUUCCUGUUUUAUACAUGUUGUGGAACUAUUUUUAAAAUAACAUCAUUGUAAUGUAACCAUAACACAUUUCUUGAAAUUGAUUACGUUUUAUGCAUUA